AUGUCCCGCCGCAAGAUCUCGUCAGAGUCCUUCAGCUCGCUGGGCUCGGACUGCCCGGAGACGAGCCCCGAGGAGGAGGGCGAGUGUCCCCUGUCCCGCCUCUGCUGGAACGGCAGCCGCAGCCCCCCGGUCCCUGACAUCCCCUUCGCCGCCGCCGCCGCGGCCAGCGCCGCGCGCCGCGCUCCGCGCCGCCGGCGGGUCAACCUGGACUCGCUGGGCGAGAGCAUCCGCCGGCUGACGGCCCCCGCGCCUCAGACCAUUCGGCAGACUCUUCAAAAGACACUGCAGUAUUUUGAGCAUCAAGUUAUUGGUUACAGAGAUGCAGAGAAGAAUUUUCACAAUAUAUCAAACAGAUGCUCCUAUACAGACUGCUCUGGCAAUGAAGAAACUGAAGAUGUCUCAGGAAUUCUCCAGUGUACUGCUAAUGUGCUUGGUCUGAAGUUUGAGGAAAUGCAAGAAAAAUUUGGGGAGGAAUUCUUCAAUAUCUGCUUUGACGAGAAUGAAAGAGUUCUUCGAGCUGUAGGUGGGACCCUUCAAGACUUCUUCAAUGGCUUUGAUGCUUUGCUGGAGCAUAUUAGAACUUCAUUUGGAAGACAGGCCACCCUGGAAUCUCCUUCUUUCCUAUGCAAAGAACUCCCUGAAGGCAAUCUCAUGCUUCAUUAUUUUCACCCACAUCAGAUUGUGGGAUUUGCAAUGACAGGAAUGAUAAAAGCAGCAGCAAAGAAGAUUUACCGCUUGGAAGUGGAAGUAGAACAGGUCACAAACGAUAAGUUGUGUUCAGAGGGGACAAACCCAGGCAACUGCAGUUGUUUGACUUUCCUUAUCAAAGAACAUGAAAAUGCAAAUACCACAAAAGCACUUCCACCAGGAACUUCCCAGUCCCCUUUAGAUCUGAGGAUUAGUAUCAGCACCUUCUGCAGAGCUUUCCCCUUCCACCUGAUGUUUGAUCCCAACAUGCUGGUUCUCCAGCUUGGAGAAGGUCUUAGGAAGCAGCUCAGAUGUGACACUCAUAAAACGCUGAAAUUCCAAGAGUGCUUUGACAUAGUCUCUCCUAAAAUCAGUGCCACAUUUGAACGAGUUCUCCUGAGGUUAUCUACACCCUUUGUCAUUCGGACCAAACUUGAGGAUUCUGAUUCUGAAAGUAAAGAUAAGGUGAUGGAAAUUAAAGGACAAAUGAUUCAUGUGCCAGAAUCAAACUCUAUAUUGUUUCUGGGUUCCCCCUGUGUGGACAAGCUGGAUGAGCUGAUGGGCCGAGGCCUCCAUCUUUCGGACAUACCUAUCCAUGAUGCUACUCGUGAUGUCAUACUGGUUGGGGAGCAAGCAAAGGCACAGGAUGGCUUGAAAAAACGAAUGGAUAAGCUGAAGGCAACGCUAGAAUGUACACACCAAGCCCUGGAAGAGGAGAAAAAGAAGACAGUAGAUCUCCUUAUUUCUAUUUUCCCUGAAGAGGUGGCUCAGCAGUUGUGGCAGGGGCAGCAGGUUCAGGCCAGGAAGUUUGAUGAUGUCACCAUGCUCUUCUCGGACAUUGUUGGCUUCACUGCCAUCUGUGCCCAGUGCACGCCCAUGCAAGUCAUCAGCAUGCUCAACGAGCUCUACACGCGCUUCGACCACCAGUGUGGAUUCCUUGACAUCUACAAGGUGGAAACAAUAGGUGAUGCGUACUGCGUUGCAGCAGGGCUCCAUAAGAAAAGCCUUAGUCAUGCCAAAGCCAUUGCCCUGAUGGCACUGAAGAUGAUGGAGCUUUCAGAAGAGGUUCUUACUCCAGAUGGAAGCCCGAUUAAGAUGAGGAUAGGCAUUCACUCAGGUUCGGUGCUGGCCGGCGUCGUCGGUGUGAGAAUGCCGCGCUAUUGCCUCUUUGGGAACAACGUCACCCUCGCGAGCAAGUUUGAGUCAGGAAGUCACCCACGCCGCAUCAAUGUCAGUCCCACCACAUACCAGCUUUUGAAAAAGGAAGAAAAUUUUAUUUUUAUCCCUCGUUCCCGUGAAGAGCUUCCAGAAAACUUUCCAAAGGAAAUUCCUGGGAUCUGUUACUUCCUGGAGGUCAGAAGUGGUCAGAAGCCGCCAAAACCUUCCAUCCCAUCUGCCAGAGUGAGAAAGGUGUCUUACAACAUCGGCACCAUGUUCCUCCGGGAGACCAGCCUAUGAGGCCGGCUGCAGAUCAAAGACUUGUCAAAAAAGCACAAGCCCAGAACUGGGUCCAUGACAGGGGAGUUGGAGGUUCUUUGUGUUUCACUGCCUUCUUCUGAACAGGCAGUAAAAAGCUCCAUGUAAUGUCAGGCAAUAAUCAUUUUAAAAGGUGGGUAACUGCUGUCAGUAAACAAAGUGGAGAUAGGGAAAAAAUAUUAAACAAUGUACUUCCACUUCCAGAGGAAUUUCUUUCAUAAACUUCAGUCUGGCCCCUCUAUGGCAAACAAAACAACGAAACAAAACCCCAACUCUCAAAUUAGAGGUUGGUCUUGUUUUGUGCAGAAAGGAUGAUGGUUCUCUGUAGAUUUGCACCAGCUAAGCAGAAUUGAGAGUCAGUUCUGAUUAUGCAUUCCUAUAUUUAAUGUGUUCUUCAGUAAGGUAAUGGUGUUUUUUAACUUUAUGAACAAGCAUUUCAUACAUAUACUGUAGAGCUAUUGUAACCUUCCUGGCAGGAGGAAUUAUGACUCAAUACAAAUAUUGUAGGAAUUUUACCUAUUUUUAUACAUAUUUCACUUUCUGGAUAAUUACAUUCCACAUACUGUAAGCUGAGUGAGCUUAGAUAGCUUUUCAGAAGAAGUUACUGUAUAUUUCAUACAUUCUACCUAUCAAAUCUUAUUGUUAUACAAGUGGGAAGAAGGCAUUUCUUGACUUUUUUGGCAACAAAAAAAAGAAUCAAUAUUUACAGAAUAAAACCCCCACUUUGAUAAAUCACUUUAUCUGGUUUUUAUGGUAAAGCUUUAGAUGAGCACUGUCUUCUUAUAUAAAAUAAUGUUCAGUAUUUGUCCUACAGUGUUGUAUGUCCAGUCCUUCCAGGACAAUGUAAACAAAGUGCAGAAGAUCAAUGUGUGGACAAACAGAAAAAUUCUCUUCAAUGGGACUUGUUUUCCCUCUAAAUUAUCAGCCAAACUGAUUUUCAGUAAAAGCCCUGAACUUCUCUAAAAAUUUGGUCUUGUGAAAACUUAUUCUGAGGAAUUCCAGCAGACACUGGAAGCUCUCUGGAUGCUGGUUUUCCACAUUUUUUAAAUAGAACUUGUGCUCCUAGUCCAGAUUGAUUGUUGAAAAUCCAUUCUGUUAAUAAUGAUUGCUCAUUUGGAAACUUCCUCUAUUGUUGGAUUGGCUGACGGUCCCCUGCUUUAUCUAGCUGAGAUCAAAAAAACACCAAAAAGGGAAAGGCAGUACUUUUCCAGGUUUAAUGCAAAUGGCAGUUCAAGAUUUUUGUUAGUCCAAGACAAUUAAAAAAAACCAAAACAACAAAAAGAAAACAAAAGCAAAAACCAAACAAAACCAAAAGAAAAACCAAACAAAAUCCAAACAAGGGCAAUUCUUUGCUGUUGAAAAUCAAUACAGUAUUAUUGUCUUCAAUUAAUCCAGUUCAAGCAAGAUGUGUAUCUGGAACAUUUUCAGGCAUUUUUUAUUUCUCAGGUUUUCUUUUUCACAAGUAGUGGUGGUCAGUUUUCCUGUGUGGGUGUGCUGCCUUUGGAUCCUGCUAGGGUGGGUGAUGCUGUGAGCUUGCAGAUUGUUAGUUAAAAUCUGUGCCGUGAUUCCAAAGUGGCUUAGCUGCACAUGGGCCUUUAAUCACUUUAAUCAAAGAUAAGACUCAGCAGCAACUAGGAGGAAUAAGAUACUCUGCAUUUCUCUAAUUCAGAACAGAAAUGAGUUUGCUAAUGGAUUUAGUAGUCACAACAUGAGGCACCUCUUGAAAAUAAGUAAAUAACUUUCACCACAUUUCCAAGAUUGUCCAGCUGGAUCUUUCUGUGAAGGGAAUGACAGUUCUCUAUUUCUCCCCUUUGACCAGUAGCCCCUGUGAGUCAGCAUAACACUGCUAGCCUGUGCUGAGAAUGUUUCAGGAUUCCUUUCCAUAAAGCCUUUCUGGAUGAGAAAGGACUGUCUUGAACCUUCACCAACUUCAGCAGGCAGAUGAUGUCUGAACUUAUUGUGCAGGGGUGAGUUCUUCCUUGCCUGAGGAGGGUAGAUGCAUGGGAAUUAGCCCCAAAACCUAUUUUAAUGCAAAUUUCCUCACUUUCUAGUGGGAUACUGAUGUUAAAGAUUUCUUCCAUUGGUGUUAGAGCAUUGCUGGGAUUAGAGUUGCUAUUAUUUUAUCUACCUUGAUAAACAGCAUACGGAGUUAUGUGGUCUAUCUAAAAAAUUACUUUAAAAAACUGUUCAAGCUUGAGAUUGUGAAAUUUCCAUCCAAAUUACAGAUCUGAGAAUUUCCUGCACAGGAUGACAAGUUUUAGCCUAUAGCCAUUAGUUUGCACAUAGACAGGAUGUAGCAUGCAUUUUUUUUACCCUGGGAAACCAGUGAGAUGUGUAAGAAUCAGAAAUGGAUCAAAGUUCAUGUUUCACCACUGAAAGAGGAAUGUCACUUCCCAGCUAAUAAAUCCAUAGUUCUGAUGUCAUUACUUAGUUCCCUAGAGUGAUUUUUUUUCAAAUAGUCAUUAGUAGAUUUAGAUUUCAGUCUGACUUCUCUGGCACUUCUUCAUUGUUCAGUAGUUGCUGAUGUCAGGAUCUCAAGCUAUCUGGCCAAGGUCUUUUUCUCUUCUCACCGCCCACACUCCUGUGUGAAGAGUACAAAUUUAGAGGUUUAGACCAAAAGAUUGUAGUUCAAUAUCUUGUCUCUUACAGUUGCCAGUAAGAAAUGUCUGGAUUAAUACUGCACCUGAUCUUGAUAACAGAAACAUUUUCGUAGUAAAUGGUGGAUAAAUGCUAGUUUUACUGGCAUAUUGGAGAAGCAAUCAAAACCAGUUUGUAUCACCAUCCUCAUCCUCUCAGAGACUUUUUGUUGUAUAAGGAGAUUUAAAAUCAGAGAGAUCUGUGUGAGAACUGAAAAUUGGUAUCACCAUUGGUAGUGUUUGCAAAUAAAUCAUCUAGCUCCCCAAAUCAGAGUACACUGACUGUAUAAAAAUAUGCAGUCUUUGUUUUUCAUAAGUUUAUGUAAAGGUUACAUAUCUAGAACUGCAGUGCAGAUGCUAGGUAUUAUGUCAUUUGUGUUAUGAGGAGGGAUGUUAAUGAAAAGAGUGUGGGCUCUCUGGGGACAUUUUUCUAUGUCAGUGUGAGGAAAGUGUAAAACAAAUUCUCAGCACUUUCUAAAUUAGUAGUUGCAUCUGCUGCCUUUCAUAUUAGGUUGCAAGCUUAUUUUGUUGCACACCUUUACAAAGUGAAAUGAAACUUAUUAUCAAGAUUGAUGCUGUCAUGUCAAUUAGGUGGUAGUCAGACUCAACAUUUCUCCAACACUUACUUUUAGUGAUAGGGAAAUGGUUCUCAUUUUCCUGGUGUUGUCUUCAUAAAUAGAAAGGUUCUCAGAAUUUUGUACCUUGAGAUGAUGAGGUGAAGAGGUUAGAGGUGCUGAAAUGGUUACAGAAAUCAUAUACUCUAGAUGGAAUUUUCUUUCAACUUUUUACUUCCUAUAAAACAGAUGAUCUUUGGUUCCUCUGGGUAAGAAUUCUUGUGUUUCUUCACGUAGCUGCAAGAAGCCACAUCUGCUGUCUUGAGUUUCUAUGCAGAACAAAUCUACCCUCUCUGAAGAGAGAGGGAGGAGGUCUAUUUUGUAUUGCAUGUACAAGGCAAAAGGAAGGUGAUGUGAGGACCCCCCUAGCUGGGUUCAUCAAUCUCUUUAUGGCCAGUUGCUUGUACAAAGGCCAAAGUAAAGAGAGUCCACAGUCUUUUCCCCAGAACACUUUUUACACAGCUUGUGUCAGAUUUUUCCAUCUGUUUGAAGCUCCCCAUCACACAGGCCUUUCUGUGAUGCUGUUCACAGAGAUCAUGAACUCAGAGCAAAAAGGAAAUAGUGAUGAAGUGGUAGGGUGGUGGAUAACUUUUGUUUUGCAUCUGUCUGGUAAAAUUUGCUAUUCAAAGACAAAAGCCUCUGCAUGGGAGAAUUGCUGCUAAGCCAGGACUCUCAAAGUGUGGUUUUCUUGCAGGAUCCCAAAGGAUAUUUCAGUUUUAAUUUCAGAGAGCCAAUAGUCAUUAACUGUGAUUGUGGUUUUGGCUUCUCUACUCAUUCCCACAUUCAGUUUCAGAUCUGAGUCUGUUGUGAAGCCUGGAAACACGCCUCUGCAAACAGAAAACCAAAGCUCUUAAAACCUUGGAAAUCUUGUAUGGGAAUUGCCUGUUUUGAAGAAAUGCUUGUGAUUGAGUCAUUAACAGUCCAUGGCAGCUCAUGUGUGUGCACAUGCCAUUUCACAGUGCUGUCUACUCUUGUGCUUGCAGUGUUCCCUACCAAGCCCAACAGCAGGAUUGGGCAUAUUUAACAUCCAUCUUCCAUUUUUCCCUGUAUAAAGCAAGCAGUGCAAAACCAUUGCAUGCUGCAUGCAUUUACAAGUAUCAGCACUGCACUAAGAUGUAAACUCUGAUAACCAGUUUCACAUUGUAUAUUUCUUGCUCUGAAAAGAUCCUUCUCUCAGGCAAUUUAAAAAUGAAUAGAACAAAAACCAGCACCCAAAACUGCUGUGUUGCAUUACAAAUGAGUCUGAGACCUGCAUUGGUUGUUGGUGCAAGCCGAAUUGCUGGACAACUUUCUGGUUCUUGAACUGCCACAAGCUGUCACAUGUACAUGCUUCAUGCAGACAGUCCUGUCAAGGAAUCUGUAAUCCAGCACCAGGGACAUCUUCUGAGUUUUCCUCUUCUAGUCUGAGGCCACUACCUCACCUCUGCUGUGUGUACAGAGCUCACUGAAGAGACCUACUUCCCUGUCCUAAUGCAGUCCAGAGCUUCUGGCUUCCUUUCUGGAUUCUGGCAAUCUUUUGCAAAAUUGUGCAUGUGUAGUAUUGGAAAUAGCAGCAUGCUUAAAUUAGCAACAAAACAAGAAGCUGAAAAAAGCUUGUCAAACUCAGAGACAGUUGGUUCCUUUCCCUCGAGGUGAUACAUUAUUCAUAAUGCUGUACAGGACUGAGGGUGCCAGUGACAGGAGAGGCUAUGGAUGAACUGAAGAUGCUGAGUGUGCAGUAGACUCAACAAGUAGGAGUUGAUUGGCUUCUUCUACUGUUAAUAAUUCUAUCAUCUUGCAUGCUAUGUCCUGCUCUUGUCAGGGUUCUCCUCUCCAAAAGAUUUCCACUUACCUUCCUUUAGUACACGGUAUGUGACAUAGUGAAUAAUCCCUAUUGUUGUUCUAAUUAGCAUAUAUUGUUGACACAGCUGCUUACAUCUAAAGAAUAACUGGGGUUAAAGGGCUGAUCUUACUCUUGCAGCAAAGACAAAGCUGCUACAGUGGCACAGCAGGCACUCCCAUCCCUAGAGAGGGAAAACAAUGCCGUGCAAGUUUCCGCUGGUGGAUUUGGGUGAAGUCAUUGCAUGAACAGCCCAUGGCAUGUUUUUUAGCUUUCACAAGCACCAAAUUUAUCUGUGCAGAUAUGAGUUACUCCUUAACAAUGUUAUUCAUUUGCAAUGCAUGAGCAGGCUUACAGCAAAAAUCUGUGAAGUGUUUAACCUCAUAUACAUGAUUGAUCUUUUGUGGCUUGGCUGUUAAUCAUGCUUGAAAGCAAGAGAGACAGUGAAACUGAGGAAUGCAGCAAUUCAGUCACAGGCAAGAGGUCAUUCACCUCUGCAGAUGCUACCUUGCUCCUGUGGCUUAGAAAGGUUGACCUCCAGUUAUCUGUGGUCCAGGUUAGUGUCACUGUGUCAUUGUAGCAACGAAAUGGCCUCUGAAAACAGCAUGAGGCAUCUCAGUCUGCUUCCCUCUGGGCUGGAGUUCACAUUAGAGAGCCCAAUACAACAUGUGAUGCAAAGUGGCAACUUUGCUGGCAGCCUUAACAAAAGAAUCAGUGAAAGCAGAUGUUAAACCAGCUGUUUGCCCCAGGGAUUUUAGUUUCCAAAGGCAGAGUGAGCUGAAUGUGUUUUAAUUUGGGCAAAAAGAAAAGAGAGGAUUUCAGAGAAAUUAGUGUCUUCCUUGGCUAGCAAGGAGGCAGUGGAAUUAACAUGAAUCAAGAGGGACAUGCUGAUUACCUUGGCUGCAGCAGUGCCUUCAGCUGUCUGGCCCUCCUUGGCAUUCCAAUGAUCAAAGUUCCUUUUGAAAACUGGAGGACAGGUAAGCUCUUCAGGCACUUGUCCCCUCUGCUUUAGAAAGAGUAUGAGGCUGCCUAAAUCCUUGAGUGUUCUCAACUUUCUCAGUGACCACAGAUGGCAAACUUAGACUAGACAUCUGUUUUUUAAGAUGGCCAAGAUAAGGGAGAUUGAUCCCACUGAAUUACAUUCUUUUCAGCCCAAGUGCUGUGUCUCUCAUCUUCUUUUGUGCUGCUUUUCAGCAUCUUGCACUGGCCACAAUAAAUUGAAUCGAACUGAGUGUCUGAGGGAUAGAUAAGCAUAUUCCAAAAUAAGUAAAAGUGGUUGCCACUGUAGCCAUGGUGACUGUUGUGAACAUGGGCUACAGCGGUUCUGCAGAUCCCUUCUAGUGUCUGAACUCUUUGCAUGUGAUUCCAGCACUGCCAUCACAACUCUGGGAUGCCAUUUGGAGUGUGAUUUACAAAAGGUUUUGAGCUUUGAGCCCCUAGCCCAGUUAUGCAAAACCUGUGUGCCACAUUCACCUGAACUGUAUGCCAGAAUGCCUGAGUAAACCUUAUCCUGUAGUCAAGAUGGUAAUAACAUAUAGAUUCUAAAGAACAGAGAGAUAGCUUCCAGGUUAUCAUUAACACACAUUUUUUGUGCUUUUGUGAAUUUGUUGGCCAAAACUUUCUAUUAGGAGAAGGUGUCACACUGAGCUUCUUGUUUUCUAGGUAAUUAUUCCUUAGCAAUACUCUCUAAUGACUACUCUUGAAGCAAUAAGUAAAGCCAUGUAAAUCUCUUCUGUGUAGGCUCCUGUACAACACCCAUCACCUUAACAAAACACUUUUCAGCAGGACAUUAAAUGGCAGAAUAACACCCUGACAUGUACUGUUUGUCCUUCCAUCCUCUUCCUCAGAGAUAUGAUUUUUUGAAGUGGUGUUUUUUUCUUAGUUUUCUAAAAGUAUAUGUUGCUACUCACUUAAAUAAUUAAGAGCAAAAUCAGAACUAUGGACCAGAAUUAGAAAAGAGUUUUGAAUGUAAAAAGUAUUUUAAAAGACUGUCCACUAAGUAAGACUAGUCUCACAUUCUAGAAACAACAGUAGGGGUAAUAGAUGUAAGAUACACCCAGGAAUGAUAAAUAGGAGUAAUAAACCAGGCAGAUAUAUACAAUGGAUUAUUUCUGUUUUAUACACAACAGUAAAUAGAUGCUAAAACCGAUUAAUACCCACAGAGGGCAAAUACUGUUUAAUCCAUUUUGGCAUUUUUUAUUACCAGUACAUCCCUAAGGUAUUAUUUUUUCCUUUCCUAAUGAGAUUGGAACAUACUGUUAAAUGAAUAUCAGAGUUUCUGAACUUAUUGCAAAAGAACAAGCUUAGGAAUAAAUAAACAUCAAAGAGAGAUUUUUUUAGAUGUGAGUCAUUGCAUGAGAGAACAGAUCAUAUGGAAAAGAAAAAGGAGGUACUGACAGGUAUAUUUCUUUUAGAGGUUUCUAUGGCGCUUCUGGUUGAUUGAAAUAAUUCUGAAACUGUACACUGAAAGCCUGGCUUCCCAAUUCAGAUUAUUUGCAUUUCCAAGAAGAAGCAGGUAAUUUUUAAAUUCACAUUAAGGGUCAUAGUUCUCAAUUCCAGUUUCUCUGCUUAAACGCAACGUCUUUCUGAAAGCUGAAUCUUUGCUGAGUGAUCCUGAGGUUCUAAAUACCUAAAUAAGUUUUGGAAACGUGGGUUAGAAAUCCCCUCUCUAAAUUAAUUCCCAUGUGCUUGUCAGUGUUUAAGUGUAUAAAUAUUCAUCUCUGGAAACUUCUUGUAGGUCCUGCAAGUGUAUAAAUAAGAAGCAUCUGAAGAAAGUGAAGUCUGUGUGUAGGAGAGGGCAGCUGUACAUAGAUGUGGUGCUGAUGUUAGCUUUCAUCUGCUUGGAAGCUGGAUGACACAGAAAUUAUUCAUACAAAGUGCAAGAAAGUAUUGCACAUAGUGUCAUGGACUCAGAGGGUAUAAGGUUGAAUUUUAGAGUCUAUAAUCCUUAAAGUUUUAGUGGACUUGCAUGAGAAAUGCAUGAUUGAGUUUUUUAUUUUAAGUAUGAGUUGAAUCUCUACUUACAGAGAAAAACUAUGAGGGGUAAAAGAAAAUCUAGAAAGUCUAAAUGCAAAAUGCAAAGUGUCCUGCUUUUUUGUAUUAUUUGGCUUUUCUGGAGAUAGGAAUAAGAAUUCCUCCAUGAGUUUCAAUACUGAAUGCAACACUAGAUGUGAAACAGGGCAAGUGAGGUACUUCGCCAACUGGAAAUUUGGAGGUGGUAGUAAGAAUGUAUUUUAAAAGGUAUAUAGGGAUAAAUGUUAACACUUAAAAAAAAUGGAGACUGCUUUGUGCUGUAUGUAAAUAUUGUUUAGAAAUAUCUAAACAGAAAGAAAGCUUGGAAUACUGUUGUAUCAUAAUAAAAAGGUACAAAGUCUAUGAGAUAAUCUGCAGUUGACACCCUUUCCUUCAGAAAUAGCAAUACAUGGAGUUUUCAAAUGCACAUUCAACCAAGAGCUGUGUGUAGUAAAUUUCCAAGAAAGUGUUGUUUUACCCAGUAGCUUCUGCAGAAAUGUCAUGCAGAUCAUGUUGGGUAAGGCCAAAAUUUAACUCUGUUGUUUAGAGCUUAGUAAGAGAUACAGAGCAUCCCAAAGCCAAUCUUUAAAUAUGCUCACUGUCAGGACAGCAUUGUGCCCUUUAUUGAAGUCUAAACAAAACCCAUUCUAGAUGAAACUCCCAUCCUAAUACAUGACAUUUAUACUGUCUUGCCAAAAAUUAGGACUUCACUAAGUUGCAGACGUCUUUGAUGCUAGAAUAUUCCUUAUUAUUCCUAUGUCUCACUGUGCCCAAGUUGCACUGGGGUCGUCUGGAGAACCAAGAGUUUGGGGAAUUGCUGUAAAUAUGAGUGAAAUUCAGCUGAUCUGCAUUUAGGCAUCUAAAACUUAUGUCUGGUCUGAGCUAGUCAGGACAGUUUCCUCUACAGUCAGGGCAGACAUCCUGGCAUUUCAAAGAUUGAGCUGUCCUGGAGAAAGUCUUAGGGAUGAGAUAAACCACUGCCUUAGCUAUGCUCUUCUCUUUUCUCCCCAGUGACCACUGUGAAGGACUGGUUCAGGUUAGCUGCUGUGAUGUAGGUGAGAUAAAUCCCCCUGCUCUUAAGAAUGAGAAGAUUUAAAGAAUAGAACAUCAAAUACAUAUGGAGACAAAGACGCUGGGGCAAGGGCCAGGCUUCAGCCAGAGAUUCAAAGGGAUGUGACAGUAAAAUUAUUAAUAUAUAAGAUUUUAGAAGUCUGGCUAGAGGGUUUAUUCUAGUUGUGAGAACACUCCUUUCAAUUUAAAACUAACAAUCUGUGAUUGUUGCUAACUCCCCACUUUUGCUCUAAGAUAGCACUAGUGUAUUAUCUGAUGUAUUCACCAAGAGCCAUCUCUCCAAACCAUCGUGUUUACUGCUUGAUUCCUUCUCGGAAUAGCUACUUAAUAAAUCCAUCCAUCCCAGAAAUAUGUAUAUAUAUAUAUUUUAGCAUUGAAACGAUAAAUUUUCCUCACCAAAUUUUUUUCUGUUUUGUUUCCUUGAAACAGUAUAUAGGUCAGUGUCUGCAAUCACUUGGGAAAGAAAGGAGAGCAGAGAGUGAGGUGCUGGCUGGAUGUUCUCUCACUCUGACCAUAGUUACUAAAGCUUCUAUCUGACCCCUCUGAGUCACACUUGUGUUGUGGUGCACUUGGAGUACCCAGAUUCUCAGGGGUCAGGAACAUGUGUCAGGCUCUGAACCAGAGAGGAGUAGGAAGAACCAGGGCUGCCACUCUGCUACACUGCUCCCAUACGUCUCUCUUCUGUUUGCAGUUGCCGUUCUGAUCCUUAGACAUCUGUGGUGAUUUUCACUGCACUCAUGGUCCGUGGGAAAGUCCCUCUUGAGAAGAAUCAAUAGUAUGCACUCCUCCACACUGUGAACUGUUGCUCUCCAGAGAAAAGGAUUAGAAAUAGUAUUGUCCUCAAGAGCUGAGAAAACUUGCAAAUUUUCCAUGUACAGUAAACAGUUUCUAUAAUUCCCAGGAAAACAAAACAGAGAGGCAGAGCUGUGCAGCAGGGCCAGCCCAUCUCAUACACACUGCUGUGAUAAUGAAAUCCAAACCCUGUGGAAUUGCAGACACAUUAUUCUCACUUGCUUUAAAGGUCAGCUAAAAAGCUGAUUUCUCAAGUGGGCUCAUAGCUCUGAGACAACGUAACACUAGUCAUUUCUUCCAACAAAUUGCAGUUGUCAGAGAAACUGGAUUAGUAGCUCAUGGAGCUAAAAAUAGACACUAUGAGCUUGCCAGAGAGGGGUGAAAUCAGUGAGAGAGGUGAAGGUCCAUCAAAAUAUCAUAACAUCUGGAGGAAAAGCAUCAAAAAAUGCUCAACUGAAAUCAAGUUAGCCAUAAAAUUACAUUAAAAAGAAUUGUAAUCACAAAGAAGAAGAAUGACAAGGUUUACUCUUAAUUCUUAUUCACCUUCUAAAUCCACAUUGCAGUUUCUGUUUUAUCUGCUGAAUCAGUUUGGCCACACUCCUUCCAAAGUUAAGUACAAAUUAAGCACUUAAAGUCAUGCUAAAGCCAUUAUUUGAAUACUGAAAAAGAAGUUUUUGGCUUGACAUUUCCAUCUUCUUCGCAGGAGGGAGGAGAAGAUAAUUUAUUGCUAAAUUUAUUCAGCUGAAAAAUAAAAGCUAAGCUCCCAAGACCCAAAUCUAAUAACAGAGCUAUAGUGAAAGAAAAUUUCCAAACCUCAGCAAAUCUUUACUAAAAAGGGGGUAAUUAUUUUUCAUUGCCUCAAACAUUUGCAUUUUAAGUAAUUCUCUUCUGUGCCAUGAUUUUGCUAGUUCAUAUUGCUUCUUGCUUAGAUUUAACAAACUAAACAAACCAAACCACUUCUUUACUCUUAAUUCUUCUUCAAUUACCUAUUUUCUGCAGCUGGGCAAUUCCGCCAUAUUGUGUAUGACCCUGAAGGAGCAACAAGCCACUGCAGAGAGGGAACCUCAGCCUGUUUAGUCAAGGUGAAAAAUUCUUCAAGGUACAGGCUGGGACUCAGCUAAGACAGGGCUGGCAGGAGUUGCAUGCAGUUUCUACUAUGACUUAAGUAAUUCUUUUUAUUAUAUAUUCACAAGCUGACCCCUGCAUAGCUCAGGAAUAACCUUCACCAAUUUCUUUACACAUUCCUUCUGUAAUAUGUGUCUUUUCUGUACACCUGUUAUAAAAUCUCUGCAUUUCAGAUCUGAGGCACUGACAAGUAUAGGGUAUAAAUAAUAACUUAUGUCAGUGAAGCAAAUCACUGUGAAAAAUAUUUGUAGAGUAUUUAUGCUCAUUGUCUUCUGGAUAUCUUAUCAGCUAAAGUUGUCUUUGCAAAUUUUUGUUCUUGCAGAAGUCCUCAUUGUAAAAGAGGUCAAGAGUAAUGUUGAUUUUGAGAAUUAAUUAGCAUCAGUGCAGUUUAUCUGGCAUUCAGUGUGUCCCAUUAUUAUCAGCGUGUCAAGGUUCAGUGGUGGAACAGAAAUGUCAGGACAAGCAGCACGAGCAAUUAUCUGCAUCGCACGUCCUACACAUUAUCUAGGCAUUCCAUGGCAUACUUUGAAUUUUAUAGAACAUGAUGUGACUGCUUAAAUUUGCAGAAAUAUAGUUAGAGAUAAAUAAUACAAAUAUGUGGACAUUGUCUGAUAGCUAUCUUCAGAUAUUAUGGAUAUAUUGUCACCUGUCCUUGGGAUUAUUCUAAACCAAAUCAUGCACCUUUAGCAUCCAUCCUUACUUCAGUGAAAAGCUUGGCCAUCUUCAUCCCUUUACUUUUUAAACUUCAGUUUCUUUAAAGCCCAGAGAUUAAUGACACAAGUAUUUUCCAGCAAAGUAUUACAAGAGAACAGUAACUGUUUUUUGGUUGGUUUUAUUCCCCCCUGAAUAUGGUGUGCUCCACUGCUAGGACAUUCCUGCUUGAUAUAAGUUUGACCUUUCCCAGUUUACUAAAAUUUGCUAAAGUUCUUCUUUGCAGGAUCCCAUAGUGUUUUGAAGAGGCUGUGUGUAUUCUGUUUGUGCAAGUCACAGGUGCAACACUUAAAUAUCAAGGCGUUCUCAGAUCACCAUCCUGGAGAGUCCAACCAAUUAUUUCACAGCCACAAAUAACCCUCUAACUCUCUUUGCCACUUUGCUCUGCCUCUAUGGCCAACCCUAGAGAAGGAACUGAAUGCUACUAAAAAUAAUCUACUGGUUUAUUUUUAUAUAUUUCAGUGGGAUUAGUUUGCAAUAAGCAGAAACUUUUGCAAAACAAGCUUGUAUUAUUGGCAUGAAAUUCACAGCCUGGGCCUACCUAGUCAUAGUUCAGUCUCUUCCCAAAACCUUUGAGAACAAAUUGAACUUCACAGUAUCUCACCUAGAAGACGAGAUAACAGAUUUCCAUUUGUCUGGGACUGUGAUUCUGACUCUCCCUUCUAAUCAGGAGUCAGGAAAUUCAAGAAAGUGUGAAUGGAAAGUAAUUUCUGGUACUUUGUUGAACAAUUUUUCCAGCAAACAGCUGAAAUUGGUGAUUUAACUGGUGAUUCAUUCAGGCUCAUCUUCAUUUCCUCGGAAAGGAAUGUUAGAGGACAAUUAACUUUGCUGCCUUAGAGUUGUAUCUUUCAACUUUUCUCUUUAAUUUCAGUGUUGCCAAAGUAAAAUCUGAGGGCUAAUUCCUAUCUAAGGUGAUCACAAACAUCUGUAGUAGCAGAUCCAGACACAUGUGAAGAUGACUUGGAUAAUUGUAGGAAGAUGGAUUUCACCUGAGUUCAUGAUGCUCAGUUCUGGGAGUGGGAAUUUUAGGAGGGGUUAUGAACCACAAUUGCUGGUGUGUCAUUUACUGAGAGCAGACCAAAGGGACAGAACUGUUCAGCAGAGUGCAGUUUCAAUUUCAGCUUUAUGAAUGCUGAGAAUUGCUGCUUGUCUUGUUUCAAUCUUCUCUGUUCUGGAUAAAAGUAUUUGGUCCUCCUAAAAUGUGAAGACUGACCACCUCCAAGCCUGCACUCCUGUGGAAAUGGACAAAUAUCCAUCCCCUAGGUGCAAACACUUUUUGUGUAGUUCUGUAAUACUGUUUUAGUGUUGUCUCACAGAGCUUAUUUGAAGAGACUUGUAUAAGCAUUCUGCACUAAUAAGAUUACAACCUCGCACUGUCAACAAUGGUUGCUUAGCAUUAAAAUAAUCUUGGAUGCCAUUAAAGAGUACUAGAGUUCUGUCAGGGUUUAGAGCACUGAGAUGUUUGUGAACCUGAACCUGUUUGUAUGAAAUUUCUCACAGACAAAUGACAAUCUAAUUAAUGACAGUAUUUCCAGUUUAGUAAUACACAGAGGAGGUAAGGCAGUGUCCCUAGAGACUUCUGUCAACUUAAUGAUUAAGAGAUCAUUUUAGUACUCUGUAAAUCUGAACAUUAUUUUGAAACAUCAGCCUGCGAUCAGUUGGGAAGGGAUGAGGAUGGUUAGAGUUUUGCUGUCAGAGGGCAUGAAUAGAAAAGCUCAGAAAGCAUAUAAGCCAGGAUCUUCCCACACUGAAAUCAAGGGAUUAAUUGCAAAAUUGCAUCUGAUUACUUGUCCUGUAACUAGCUGUUCAGCAAAGGAAUCCACCUGCCAGCAGAAGCAGAGUCCAUACAAACUAUCACAUGCUGCAUUUCAAUUUUUUUAUUGGGAUUUGUUUGGCAGAGUUAGUGGUCUGGAAGUUCCAGUAAGUACCUCUGGUUGAAAGUUACUAUUUCAGUUAUGAUUGCUUCCCCAAACCAACUGAAUUUAUUAUUAACCAAAGACUUACCUACUUGAAGAAAAAAAAACAAAAACAAAACAGUAAAUUUGGUUCUGUCAUUUGUGUCUUUGACUGUGAGCAGUUGAAGUGCAUGAUGUAUGUACUAACCAGGCCUGUGCUGUGGCAUUGAACAAGUAAUUCAGGGCUGCAGCACCAGUAUAACACAUUUAGAAUUCAGUAUUAAUCCCUCCAUGGGACCAUAAGUCUAUGUAAAAACUUGAUGUGCCAUAUGUGUAGGCCAUGGGAAAAUUGUGUGUGCAGUGAACUAUAUACGGUCUUAAAAGCUUUAACAUUUGUACUGCUCUUCUUAUAACAGAAUGUAUGUCUUGAUAGCUGUUGAUCCUAUGAGCUUCUGAAAAAAAAUGUAAUCUAAAGUUUAUUCUUCUUGUCUUAAAAUUACUGUUUUGUGUCUAACUGUUUACACAGACCUGCAUACAGCAAAGGGUCUUUCUCUGUAUGUUGCUGGGAAAUGGAAAAGCAGAUGCUAUUUGUAAAUCUUGCAGGCUUAGAGAGAUCAGUGAAUGCCUAUCCUGAAUCUCCUCCGGAUAAGCCACUUCUAUUUACUAGCAAAUGCAAACAGUGCCAAUAGCCUGGGCCUUCUUUAGAGGAAACAAAACAGCCUUGUUCUGUUCCACUUCUAUUGAUACUUCUUAUUUUAAUCUUUUUGCCUCCUUUUGAGUAGGCUUUGGUGAUACAAUUCUUCUAAAGUGUAAGUGAGGACAGUUUGCCUUUUUUACCCCUCUUUUUUCAAAGCCACUGAAGGCCUCAAACAAGAAGAAGAAACUUUACAAAACUCAUGCAGGUAUGUUGUUAACAGAUAGCAGAAGGAUAAAACAGCCUUCUCAGAGUAGCCCAGACUAUCUUUUAACAGCGUGCCUGCGCUGUGUUGUGACUUGACAUCUUGCUUUCAUAGUGUGACCUGCUAUUAAUGGUGUUUGUUGCAAUGAGGUCCUUUUAGUUUGUCCUAAAAGAUUUUACUUGUUUGUCACCAUAUUAGAAACAUAAUGUACACUGUAUAAGAAAAGCAAUAUACAAUAUACUAUACAUCUUCUAUUUCAAUGCCUCCAGUUUUAGGCUAGUAUUCAUAUCAAUGUUGAUAAUCAAAAUACAGGUUUUUCUCAUUCUUCACAGGACCAAGCAAAGUUUUGCCUUGUCUAAAUACUAACAGUAACAUUUCUAUUCAACAAAUACUAUUUUCUCAUACUUCUAGUUUUCUUGUGAUGGGCUCCAUCCUACUGAUUCGUCAUUAAUGCAUUUAAAAGGGAAAAGUAAUGGGCUAUUUCAGUGCAUGACCUUUGCACAGUACCUGAUUCAUAAAGAUAAAUAGAUCCAAAAUUUCAUGUAUGAGUUACUAGAGAUCAGCAAAAGAACAAAAAUCCUUUGAAGUUCAGCUGAGCAAAUUCUGAAGUUCUUGUAUUGCUUAUUCAGUUUUGCAGUUUCUUGCAUCAUUGUAAUGGACAUAUUUGAUGAAGCCUUUGCCAAAACACUGGCAUCUUCAUAGAAGCUGUUCUAAUUUCUGCUUCCAUUUAUAUGCGAAAGUGUACUGUAGAGAAAUUAUCUGGAUAAAAAAAAAUUUUGCAAGUUUUAUUCACAUCAGUUCUUGCUUUAUUUGACCUCAUCCCGUGGUAGGUAGCUCACUUUAAUUAAUUCUUGUCAUAAUGGUAGUACAGUGUCCAUAAAAAUGUUUCUUCAGUGAAACCUCACUCAAAAAUAUUUUGAUCCUGAUUGUGACCAGGAUGUCUUUAUUUCAGGGUUAAGUCACUGAAGAGGUGAUCAAAGAAGACAGAAUAUUAUGACAAAUCAAGAAAUUUUUGUGUAUAUGGUUAAAAAUUGAUAUGACGGGGAAGUAAUUGAGUUGGUUUUUUUCCUCAUUAAUAUUUGCUUAUACACAUUACAGCUGCUCAUAAAUAUUUAUUUCUUCCUACACUGUCUUUCUUUUGAAAUCAAAAGAUCUCCAAAACAAAAAAAGUUACCUGGAGACUUUGUACGAAUUACGUAGCAAAUGCAAUCCAGACAUCAAAUCCAUCCAGACUUUAGUAGUCCCAAAGGCAGCUAAUUCACUGGAAGUCAUUGACAGAACUUGUUCUUCUGAACAUUGUAAUGACUCAGUAUGAAAUGAAUCAGUUCACUUACAUUGUUGGCUGCUCAAGAUACCAUCCAGACUGUAUUUAUUAUUCUUCUCUUAUUGCUUGGAAAGGAGGAAGAAAAAAAAAGCUUUGGUCUGUGUCUCUACAUCACUCGAGUUCUCAUAUGUGCAGACUGCAUCUGGUAGUAUGUUGCAGACUUGCUUUCCCAUGACAGAGAAGAUGGUUUAUCUCUUUUGUGGUACCUUUUUUUUCCCUGUCUGGAAUUUUUUGACAUCUCUUCAACCAUGUCAGUAGCUUUUUUUGGGCUGCUCAAUGCCUGGAAAUCCUGGAUAAAAGGCCACAGGAAACAUGUGCAGAACAAUUCUGUAUCUCAGGUGAGAAGUUUUGUAAGGAUAUUUUAGGUUUAUUGCUAGGGGCAGAUCAGCUUUCCAAGUUCAGUGGGCUCACCUUAUGCUGUAGAGCUGAUGUGUAAAGGCACCAUACAUGUUGACAUGUUACUCAGCCAUGCAGUCACGUGGUCAAUGCAGUUCAGCAUGGCAAAUCCUGAGAAAAUGGAAUUUGCAGCAAUUGGAAUUUCAGAUGUUGGCAGGAGUACAUGAUUUGUACCACCUGCUCUCUCUUGUGUCAUGGAAACUAUCUAGAAAUAUAGGAAAAUAAGUAGGAAAGAAAAAGAAACAAAUGAGGGCAAUUGUGAGGCAGAGCUCAUUUAUCAAAUUUCACGUUCCAGACAUGUAACUAAAACCAUUCAAAUUCAGUGUUCAAUGCCGAUCAGCCAUCUCAUAGGAGCUCCAUCUCAGUUUCCAUAUGUAAAUUUUAUACUGAGCAGCUAUAAUACUGUCACGAGGCAGGAGGUGUUUGACUUUUUAAUAACCACUAAAAGAUUGGUUAGAGAUUGGUUGCUGGAGUGCUCAAUACCCAAAUACCCUGCUGGGUCUUGGCAAGUAGGGUUCAGUUUCCAGCAAGUUUUUGUGGCAGGAACUUUGAAUGUUCUUGUGAAUCGGGGCUGACCAGGGGUGGUCCCUAGCCUUCACAAACACACGUCCACGACCAGUUGUACACACAUCCUACACACAUGCCUAUGGAUUUUAUGAAUCAGGUCUGUGAUCAAUGUUUUGAACAGUUCGUUUGCUGCAGUUUCAUGGGGUUAUUCUCUCUUGGUUUGCACUGUAAAUAAUACUGUACAUCUGCUAUUUUAUGAUACAAAUGCCAUGCGAGUUGCUUAUUUUUAAAAUGUUAUAUAGCUCUGUUAUGAUUUAUUUGCAAUGCCAUAUUACAGUAUUGGUUUAAUAUACAAUGUAUCUCAAGGGCAUGAGUGAAAAUGCUUAUAUUUUGCAAUGUCAAAUAUUUUAUUUUUGUUUUUUAAAAUGAAUACAUUUCAUCCUAUGCAGUUCCACAAAUGUUUCUUAAGUGGCUCAUUAUGUCUGAAAAGAUUGCUUCCUCUCCAGUAGUGCAGGCAUAAGAACUAGUAUUCCUGAUCAAAACCAUCAGAUAUAUCAUCUAGCAAUUUCAGAUUAGAAAUGUAUGUACAAAUAUGUAAGCAUUUAUAGUUAAUCAGAACAUCUAUUAUAUCUUCCUUGCUUUUCAUGUAAUGAUACAUUUUAAUCAUUUUGUAUUCUUUUUAUUUGUAAUUAUUUGUGACUCAUACGCAGUGUAAAUAACAUGUUUCAUUAUGCAAGUUUUCUAGGUAUUCAAGACUACAAAAAAGUUUGUAUAUGAAAAGAAAUUGAUAGUAGAUUGGAAUGACAUAAAAUAAAGUGGUGAUGACUAUGUUCUACUUAUACUGUUCAUUUCCAAGACGUCUGUUAACGAAAAAACAUUUUAUUUGCCCUUUAAUGUCCAACCAGUUAUUUGAAGUAUAUUUACAUCAAUAAAUCAUGCAAAAGUCUAUUAA